ACCGCUGUAAAUUAUGACGACAUGGAUAAAAUUAAAAAUGAUAAUUAUUUUUAAUCGCUUAAGGCUAUGCUGCAUAUCAUUCAAUUAAACGUGUCUUAAAAGUAAAGCAUGUACAUCUUUAAUCUUGAUCAUCAGAUUUUUUGGUUAAAUUUUUCAGAAUGGUUUAUACCCCAAAUUUAAUUUCUCGACAAUUUUUCGGAAAAAUUGUGUUAACUCGAAGUAAUUACCUUAAGAAUUUUGUCGUAAGAAACGUUAACAGAAACAGUAUUCAAUUUAUUGUACCAACAAACCGUAAGUUUGCUACUUCUAUAGAGAGUAGUACUUCAGGUGCUGAAAUUCCAGCCAAAAAACAUGCUCCAACAAAAAAAGUCGAGUUUACAGCUGAUAAAUAUACAUAUUUACAUAGAAAUCCUAAUUUCAAGGAGCUUACCCAAGACGACAUCAAAUUUUUCGCUUCAAUUUUACCUGCAAAUGGUUUAAUCAUUGACAAUGAAGAAGAAUUAAUGCCUUAUAAUGUUGAUUGGAUGAAAAAAUAUCGGGGAAAGUCACGUUUAGUAGCAAGACCUAAAACUACACGUCAGAUUUCUCAAAUACUCAAAUAUUGUAAUGAGAAUAAACUGCCUGUUGUACCGCAAGGUGGUAACACGGGACUUGUUGGUGGUGGGGUACCAGUUUUUGACGAAAUUGUUAUAAGCACUAAUAAUAUGAAUCAAAUUAGAAGUUUUGACCCAGUUUCGGGCAUUCUCACUUGUGAUGCCGGGUGUAUUCUGGAAGUUCUUGAUAAUUAUUUAGCUGAACAAGAACAAGGUUAUAUGAUGCCACUAGAUUUAGGUGCAAAGGGCAGUUGUCAUAUUGGUGGAAAUGUAGCAACAAAUGCUGGCGGUUUAAGAUUAUUAAGAUAUGGAUCCCUUCACGGUACUGUUUUGGGCCUGGAAGCGGUAUUGCCAGAUGGAACUAUUUUGGAUAAUUUAUCCACACUUCGUAAAGAUAAUACAGGUUAUGAUAUAAAACAACUGUUUAUUGGAAGUGAAGGAACACUCGGAGUCAUUACAGGUGUUUCUAUAUUGACACCACCAAAGCCCAAAGCAGUUAAUGUCGCUGUUCUUGGUGUGAGCACAUUCCAAAAUGUUCAAAAAGCAUUAGUUACAUCAAAAAAUAAACUAUCAGAAAUCCUGUCAGCGUUUGAAUUCUGGGAUUCUGAUACCUUGAAAUUGUCAAAAGCACAUAAUAUCCAAGGAACGAAAUUUCCGCUAGAAGAUAAUUAUCCAUUUUAUGUAUUAGUCGAAAUAAGUGGAUCAAACAAAUACCAUGAUGAUGAUAAAUUGCAAAAUUUUCUAGAAGAACUCUUAGCAAAUGAAAUAGUUAAAGAUGGUGUUGUAGCACAAGAUGAGACACAAAUGUCAACUUUAUGGUCGUUACGUGAAGGUAUACCAGAAGCGUGUAGUAAAGCUGGGGCUGUUUAUAAAUAUGAUAUUAGUAUUCCAUUAUCCGUAUUUUAUCAAAUGGCUGAAGAUAUGAGAAAUAGACUACAAUCCGCUGGUGUAUUUGGUGAGGAUAAUUUGGUUAGCAAUGUAAUAGCUUAUGGACAUGUCGGCGAUGGAAACCUACAUUUAAACAUAGUAGCUAAAUCUUAUGAUCCUAAAGUUACUAAUUUAAUUGAACCUUUUAUAUACGAAUGGACAGAACAACAUAAUGGAUCUAUUUCAGCAGAACAUGGUCUUGGACUUAUGAAAGCAAAUUAUUUGAAAUACUCAAAAUCUUCUUCAAUGAUUUCGAUCAUGAAACAAAUUAAACAAAGUAUUGAUCCUAAUGGAAUUAUGAAUCCUUAUAAAUUCUUACCGACACAAUAAAUAAUCAAAAGUGAAAAGUAUUUUCAUUGCGCAAUUCACAAUAAAUGUUUAAUAAUUAUGUUGAAUUCAAUAAAUACUUUAAAUCUCUUUUAGAUGCAUAUACUAAUAA